AUGAUCAAAUUAACCCAAGUAUCAUGUUCCAUCGGCCAAUUGAAACCUCUUGCCCUUCUUGCAGAUUCUCAUUGCAGUGAACAAAUGAAAGGUUCCAGACUCCAAGAGUGGACACCCAAACGAAAGUAUGCAGUGGUAGAAUGGCAGAAAUCAUAUCGGACCAGGAAGGUGGUGGGCAAAUGGGUGGAGAGACCCAUGAUCAGCCAAUCAGUUCCAGCAACCCCUACCAAGUCUGCCUCUAAGCAGCCGUCUCAUGACAUGCUUCACCAUGGUGGAGAUGACUUUCUUGGGGGACUUGAUGAUCACCGGGUCAUUCCACUGCACCUGCCAAAAUCCCUGAGUCAAAACGACUAUAUAAGACAAUGGGUCCCGAAGACAAAAGCAUAUCUUGACAUACUGCUGGAAAGGGAGGUUCCAUCAGAUCGGUCAUGUAUCAUAUGUGGGACAGAUGGUGUCUACAAAUGUCAUGGGUGCUUCAGUGAGCCUCUCUAUUGCACAAGUUGUUGCAGAACCCAGCACCAGAGACUUCCCUUCCAUCGAGUCAGCCAAUGGACAGGCUCCUUCUUUGAGGAAAGUUGCUUGGUCAAGAGUGGGAUCGUGAUCUGGCUUGGCCAUAACGGAAACCCAUGGGAAGAGGAAGCCAACACUACAGACAUGGAGAGUUCAGAAGACGAAGACGGCGGCGACCCGAGUUCAAAGCGCGCUGAUGACCUUCCGACCGGCGUGCCAUUUGUCAAGGGUAACAGCGCAUUAACAACAAUAGUUGACAAGUCCGGCAUGCAUACACACCUGGUGAAGUAUUGCACAUGUCCAAAUGCCGCCGCCGCCGAUAUACAAAUGUUUCAAAUGGGCUUAUUCCCGGCGUCUUUCUUGGAAUCGAAGACAGCAUUUACUUUCGACGUCCUAAAUGACUUCUUGCUAGACAACCUGGAGUGCGGGACUUCGGCGAUGAAUUACUACAGUAAAUUGAGAAGGAUGACAACGACCGUCUUUCCGCAUUUAGUGCCGGACCGGUACCGGGAGCUGAUGAGGGUGACAAGACAAUGGAGAAAACUUAAGCUUCUCAAAAGGAAUGGAUUCGGCCAUGAGGAAAAGGAUGUCAGACCCGGCGAUCUAGCCCUCUUUUGUCCGGCGUGUCCCCAGCCAGGCAUUAAUACUCCAAGUUGGCUGUACACAAGGUCGCUCAUCAUGGACGGAAACUUCAAAGCCGAGCAUCUCCAUCCAGUACAUCCCGGCAAUGAAGUCUCUCUCAUGGACGGCCAUGGGUUUAUGGUAGGAGACGCCUUGUACAAGGAGCAUUUAGCUGCAAAUGCAUCCCAUCAUAAAUUGGAAGCAACAGGCAUCGGCGGUUGCGCCUGUGCACGGCAUGGCUGUUUCGUGCCGCAUGCCAUGGUCGAUUUUCAGAAGGGAGAAAGACAGAUGAACAUGGAUUAUGCGUUAUGCGAGGUGUUAAAAAUCAACGCCGAUGGAAUCCGCCGUGCCCUGACAUUUUAUGAUGUAAACUGUCAGUACCACAAGCGUUUGAAGGACCGCAUCGCCAAGAGUCCAAUCUUACAGAUACCUAAGGAACUGGAUAUUAUCCCUGGGAUUGGACUGUGGCAUGUGCAUGGGCAUCAAGACAGUUGCUAUGUCAGAUAUGCAUCAAAUUUCAUUGAGGGCGCCACUCGGAUUGAUGGCGAAAUCAUGGAGACUCUAUGGGCGCCGUUAAAUAUUAUUUCGCCGGCCGCUCGCGGCAUGGGAACUCCACACCGGAAGGAAUGCUUGGACUAUCAAAUGAAUGAUUGCAACUUCAUGAAAAUGAUCCGAAUGAGCAAGUCCCUUUGCAAGAAGUACAAUCAGGCGGUCAGGGGGGCCGCCGACAGCCGACUGGUGUUUGAAAAGCUUGCUGAAACCGCCGAUCCAGGGAAAGUUCGAGAAUGGGAAAGCCAAGAAAGGUUGGUGCACCAACGCUGUCGCCGUGAUCCAACAGCCAUGGAUAUUUAUGAAGUACAAUUGCAGAAAGUGCCGAUGAGAAAGCAGCAGGAAAUAAAAUUAUUAGCAGAACAAGGACGGGGCCCAGGGCCUAUCCGGCGACGAGGGGCAGCGACAUGGCUCGCAGAGGGUUUAACAAUUGAGGAGGCCCAGGUCACACUACAAUUGGAAAUCAAGAAAGUUGGCGGUCAGCCAACCGACACACAGCGGUUAUAUAUUGCCCGCCGCGGGGACAGAGAGGCCAGGGUUGUGUUCCUCAGCGACAGGCCCGGCGAUGAUGAGGAUCAUGCCAUGGAACUAGAUCUCCUCAUCCUUGAUGAAGAAUCGGAUGCAGAAAUGGACGAUCAGCGAAACGUCUUUAAGCCAGAGAAGGCAGUCAUUCCCCUGCCUUCCAAUUUGGGGCAGGAUACAUGUACUGCUAUUGGCGUCAAUGCUUUGGCGAAACAAGAACUUAUCCUCCGGCAAGGCCAGGCCAAUGAUGCCUUGCACAACAUCAGGACGGUAAGGGUUGCCAAAUCUCAAGCGACGGCCACCCGAGCUUGGGCUCAGGUGCACUCGGUUGAUAGGGCGGUCAGCAUCCAAGCCAGUAUCUAUUUGAACCUCAGCGCCGAUGAUGCUUUACUACAGCGAUAUCAGCCCCUAGCCAAGGAGCAUCUCAAGGUUAGUACCACCGUUGCCGAUCCAAACUCACGAGGACAGCGAAAUAAUACGCUGCCAUGGUUUUGGUCGUUGGAUGUUGCAGGAGAUUCCGAGAUUUACCGGGUACAUUGGCUCCGGGCAAAGGCUCUGAAAGACCGUUGGGUGGAGGAGAUUUUACUUGCUCAGCAUGAAAUGGAUUGGACUUGCAAUUUCUUUCGUUACAAGGCGGAGGAAUGGAAACAUCUCGGCGUCGUUGCAAAGGAAGCCAAAAAAGAAGCUCACAUGGCUUACGCGGGUAGGCAGGGAAAAAUCUAUGAAUCUCUCUUGGAGGAGGCUAAACGGGCAUUUCACCGGACAAAAGUUUAG